AUGUCAAAAGUUCAAGCCUCUGUCGUUAAAGUUCCAGACAGUGAACUCAUUGAAUUUCUUCAACGUUACAUUCGACGUAAGAGGAAAUAUUAUGCCAUCGUUGAAUUUAUACAGUCAGGAAUGCAAAAGACUUCUGAGGAGAUGGAAAGAAUUAUUGACAAACACCACUUACGUCAAUACUCAGGAGUUUACGAUAUGAAACGACUUACAAACUACAUUCUGUCAAAACUUUCAAAAUACCCCUUCAAAAAAUAUCCAUCAAACACUUUAUUAGUUUGUGAUGAUUUCGCUGGUAAAGGUUUAGUGUCAAAACCAGACUCACCAUUAGCUAACAUCAUUACUAAAGUCAGACAUUACCACUUAACUGUAGCAAUACUUAUGCAAACAUGGAGGUUUUUAGCUUUAAACAUAAAACGUCUCAUAACUGACUUCGUUAUCUUUCAAGGUUUCUCACGUUAUGAUAUUGAACUCAUUUGGAAACAGUCAGGUAUAACAUUACCUUUUGAAGAAAUUUGGGAAGCAUAUAAGUCUCUCAUCUCUCCUCGUUCAUACCUUGAGAUUCAUAUCAUGACUAAUACCAUUAAAGUCAAAAAUAUUCCAUGGGAACGACCAACAUUGUUUUAA